CUUACUACCACGACCCACCAGACGACUUCCCCCCUCCCUCACCAUCUCCCUCUCCUUCUCCUUCUCCCUCACCAUCUCUAUCUGCCUCUGCCUUCCGAUCUCGCUCCUCUUCCCCGCCCCCGCAGCACCGCCCCGUAUCCCAAGAUUACGCAGCAGCGAGGACUGCUUACCCCCAGCUGGCUCAGUUAACACACAGGCGCUUGCCAAGCUCAGACAACUCCAACAGCCAUUCCCAUCCCUAUUCCCUAGACCAGCAAGCACAGGGACAGGGACAAGGGCAAGGACGUACGAGACUGGUCUCGGAGGAGGUGCAUAGUAGACCCCUCCCUCAUCCGCCGGUGAGGGCUGAGGAGCUGGAGUUUGAGAACGAGCAGAGGGAGGGGUGGAGGGGGGAGUACGGGGGAAGGGAGGAGCGCGAUCCGCAGCAGCAGCAGCAGGAAGGGGAAAGGGAAAGGGAAAGAGGAUACCUAGCCGACCUCGCAACCCAAGCUCAACCUCAACCUCAACCUCAACCCCAAUCUCAAGUUCACGCAUAUUCCACUUCACCCGCUCAAGCAGCGUACCCCACCUACUCCCACUCCCACUCUCAUUCGCCAAAUCACUACCCCCCCAGCGGGCUCGAGCUCUCCCCCGCUCUGCUAGCGAUCGACGACAAGAACUACCAGCGGGUGAUGUUAGACCAGCGCAGGCGGAGGGCCCUGCAAGAUCUGGACGAAGCUACUUUCUCGAAGUUUCAUGUUAGGACGGUCUUGGUUGCUGGAGCUGGGUUUUUUACUGAUGCAUACGACAUAUUCGCCAUCUCGGUAGGAGCGGUCAUGCUCGGCCUGGUAUACAACAACGGGCUCACAUCGCUCGGCGCUGCCGCGGACUUGGGACUCAAAGUCGCCUGUCCCAUUGGGAACCUGUUUGGUCAGACACUCUUUGGGUGGAUGGCGGAUGUGUAUGGGAGGAAGAAGAUGUACGGGAUAGAGCUUGUCAUCAUCAUCACCGCCACACUGGUGCAAGCCAUGGCUGCCCAAGGCCCGAACACCUCGGUGACUAUCACGGGCGUGCUCGUCUUCUGGAGGUUUGUGAUGGGCGUCGGGAUAGGCGGGGACUACCCGUUGAGCGCGAUCAUCACGAGCGAGUUUGCAGCUACCCGCAUCCGGGGGCGGAUGAUGACAGCAGUCUUCGCCGCCCAAGGCUUUGGCACUCUAUCAGCAACAGUAGUCGCCAUCAUCUGCGUCGCCGCUUUCCGUGACCGGAUCCUCUCCACCGGUGCAGCAGGUGUCGACCCCUGCUGGCGUCUGCUCAUAGGUCUGGGCUGUGUCCCCGCAGUAUUCGCGCUCUAUUUCCGGCUCUCCAUCCCCGAGAGCCCGAGGUUCACCAUGGACGUGGAGAGGAACGUGACUGCCGCUGCGAGGGAAAGUGAGCGAUUUAUGCGCACAGCAGGGUACAGAGAUGAGCGGGACGUGUUCUCCACUGCCUUAAAGGCAGAAGCGCCCCGUAUGAGCUGGCACGAUUUUAGAACCUACUUUGGGCAGUGGAGGAAUGGACGGAUCCUACUCGGAACGGCCUAUUCCUGGUUUGCGCUCGAUAUUGCGUUCUAUGGACUGGGAUUCAAUUCCAGCUUGUUGUUGAACAAGAUCGGAUAUGGUGCUAGUGGGAGCUGUGAGGUUGGCCAACUACCUACGGACCUCGCAAACCAAUGCAUGUACAACACAGUCUGGUCCAUCUCCCUCGGGUCCAUAAUCCUCGCCGCAGCAGGCCUGAUCCCAGGGUUCAUAGCCUCCUUCCUCCUGGUGGACGUUGUUGGCCGGCGCCCGCUCCAGCUAGCGGGGUUCGCGUUGAUGACGUGUAUAUUGUGUGCGAUGGGAUUUGGGUAUUGGGAACUGCAGCAUGAGAGUACUUGGUUUGUGGUCUUGUUCUGCUUGGCGAACUUUAUGGCGAAUGCCGGUCCAAACACGACAACAUUCGUCAUACCCGGCGAAGUCUUCCCAACCCGGUACAGGUCCACAGCACAUGGCAUUUCAGCCGCAUCGGGAAAAUUGGGAGCCGUGAUCGCCCAAAUUAUCUUUUCGAGACUGCAGGAUCUGGGCGGGCCGUCGGGUUCUGGGAACUGGAUUGGACAUAUAUUGGAGAUAUUCGCUUUCUUCAUGCUUACUGGUGUGUUCUCUACCCUUCUUUUACCCGAAACGAAACGUAAAUCCCUCGAAGAACUAUCUAACGAAGUCCAAGAGAACUUCAUCUACGACUUACACGAAGUCCAGUUUCCGGAAGGGGCGAUCCUCCAUGGCCAGCCCGAGGCCCACAUGCACAUGCACAUCAAUGGCCAUACCCUGCUGCAGAGUAGUGCUAAUGGACACCCGCUGCAUCCGAGGGAAGUCACGUUUGCGGAUCAGGAGUAUAGGGAUGAACCUCUUUAUCCCGAGCCUGAGACUGAGCCUGAACCGGAGGCGGGGGCGGACCAGGGCGCUACUUCCAGAACGAGGGCAGGUGUCGUUGCUUAUGCUCGGUAACUCCCCGGGAGGGCUCAAAGGCAAGGUGUAUUCUACUCGCACGAUUUCCACUUCAUUUGAUUACUGAUUACUGAUCCUUUUCGCUUCGCUUUUCGCUUUUCGUUUUUCGCUUUUCGUUUUUCGCUUUUCGUUUUUCGCUUCGCUUUCGUUCCUGGGCUCCAGUCUGUACACUACCCUACUUCCACGAUACGUUACGUUACGUUAACCUGCCCUGGUAUACCCCCUCCCUUCCCUUCGCUUUCGCUUUCUCGUUGCUCUUGCUCUUGGUCUACU